UGGAAGGUGGGUAAGGAUUAACGGUAGAUCACAAUCGUACCCAUACCUUCCUGACUGACUCGACGUCACACGCAAUGCAGCCAAUCAUAAGAAGGCUUUGUGUCAUCGACGAGGAAAUCACGUGACAUUGUUUACAAACUGUGAUACAGCACGAAGCUUUCACACAGCCACCUAUCACCAGUCUCCGGUCCUCACUGCACUAGCCAUGGCCAGCGAACCUCGCACCAAGAAAACAAGACCUCGCUUCACCGACGCCGAGACAUUAAUUAGUCUUGGUGGAGAUGGAGAAGCGGGAUGCGGUGAUUAUGGGAAAACUGGAUGGAAGAAUCACAUAAAACACGAAGAGCAGAGCUUGACAGGAGGUGAUUGCCAUUGUAAAUUCAGUCAGCCGAGUGUCUAGGACACCGGAAGAACUGAGAAAAAAGUACAGGGACUUAAGUAGUCAAGUGAAGGAGAAGGCAGCAGCAGAACAAUGUCUUUCUGCAGGCACUGGUGGGGGACGUACAGAGGAAACCAGCUACAUUGAUGCAGAGCUGGUAGUCCUACAAAUACUGUCUGCCAAUGCCGGACAGCAAGGACGCCACCUUCCGAGUGUCUGGCCCCCUGCAAGGCCCACAGCCAUCCACCAGUGGUGGUGGUGGAGUCACCUAUCAUUUGCUGGUGUUGCUUGGGCCUCUGGAUCUAGUGGUGCUGUGAGGGGCACCUUGAUAUGACAGCUUUUGAAGUCAUCAAUGUUGCAGAUGACAUCCAUCACCCAAUGGAUCCAGAUGACAGGCAGCCACCUGCCAUCUGCCUCUCCUUGUCUACCUGCAGCUCCCCAGCCAUCAUGACCACCAGCUGCUCAGCAAAGAAGGCACACAACUCCUCCAGGUCGUUGCUCAGAGCUUGUGCUCCUUCAAGUCAUGGAGACACAGUGGGACAUGCAGUGCAGCCUGGACAUGCCACUGGCUAUGGUGCAGCAGGAACAAGGGGAAGCUCUAAGGCUGAGAGUGCAGGCUUUGCAGCAGAUUGCUGCAUCACAGCAGCAGGCUCUUCAGCAGAUUGCUGCCUCACUCACAUCAGCAAUCUGUUGAAAUGCAGAGAGAAAUCUUUCAAUCUCUCCCGCAAUUUAUGGCUCAUGCCAUGUGGUGGUUCAAUGCCAACCAUCAAAUAAACUACCUGACACACUGACAAGUACAUACAUCAGCAGGAAUGGGAAUGCCACAUUUGAUGCAGCGACUGUGCAGAAGUAGGCAAGCAUUGAUAAUUAACACAUUUGAUAGGCCUAUAUUGUAGGGUGCCACCUGUGAAAAGUGAGAUUUCAUACUAAAACAAGAUUCCUUAAUUAUAAAAGUGUAUCUAUGUAGUAUUUCAAAUUAUUAUAACAAGAAUGAAAUGAGUAUAAUGGUUUAAUAAGUUCAAUCACAGGAUUUAUUCUACAUGUUAUUGUUUUGGAGAGGAAUAGAUGUUAUUUUCAUUACUGGAAGCAACUUUUAAGAAUCCCAAUUAUCUGUUUCACAAUGACCCUCAUUUGAGCAUGGCCCCUGUUGUAUUGCUGCUCUGCUGCUGUUGUGGGAUUUCUCAUUGGCACCAUAAGGUAGGGCUCUCGUGAAUACCCACAUCACCUGCAAUAUUAUGAUUCCAAUUCAGAAUUCUUAUAGUAGGCCUGUUUAACACCCAUGCAAUAGUACUGUAUCAAAGUUUUCCUCUGAUGGAAAUAUGAAGCAAAUUUUUAUUAGUUAACAUAACAAUGUGAAGAAAGACAAUAUUACAACCCACAAAAAUUCAUACAUGAGAAGGCAGGUGUAAUUUUGUAGGCAGUGAGGUGAUGAGUGGUCUGGCAAUGAAUGAAACUGAAUUAUUAUAUAUGUAAUGCAUGGCUCACAAAUUGUUGUGCACUGUUAUGCUCUUUGUAGAUACUUAUCAACAAGUAGGAAGUCACCAAACUUCCCUACCUCAAAUCACAGUUCCUCCACACAAAACAUCAUGUGCAGCAUUUAGAAGGGAAUGUAUGAAUAGUUAAACAUACACAGUAAAGUAUAUACAAAAGUUUGGCAGAGUUAAUCAGCAUCUCAUGGGAAUACGAGUAUAUCAUAUCCUGCAUAUGUCAAGGCUUACCAGAUUAUGUUUUCUUAUGCAGUAUCAAUAACCAUGUGCAAACACCUGUGAAAAGUGAGAUUUCAUACUACAAGAGAAAUCAUUACUUAUAAAGGUGUAUCUACAAAAUAUAUCAUAAUAUUAUAACAAGAA